UUGUCUCUCUGUGUAGGUGUUGUUGAGUCUGUCUGAUGAGGAUCUGGAGUUGGGUUUAGGAGUCAGCAGCUCAAUGCACCGCAGGAAACUACGGCUCGCCAUCGAAGACUACAGAGAGGCCGAAACUGGACGAGGGCUGUCCCGGGCGUCGGAGCUAGACCACCACUGGGUGGCGAAGGCGUGGCUGAGUGACGUGGGCCUGCCUCAGUACUCGCAGGCGUUCCACACACACCUGGUGGACGGCCGCGUGCUGUGCUCGCUCACGCGCAGAGACCUCGACAAGCACCUCAGCAUCUCCAAGAAGACACACCAGCUCAGCCUGCUGCUGGGCAUAGAGCUGCUGCACGCUCUGGGAUUUGACAAGGAGGUUCUGCAGGUGCGGAGAGCGCAAUGUGAACAUCAGAACCAGGAUCCUCUGGUCUGGACAUGUCCACGUGUCAUGAAGUGGAUCAGAGACAUUGACUUGAAGGAGUACUCAGAAAGCCUGGUGAACAGUGGGAUCCACGGCGCCGUCAUGGUUCUGGACCCCUCCUUCAGCAUCGAGACCAUGGCAACCAUACUGGGUAUCCCAGGCAACAAGCAGAUGGUCCGACGCCACCUCAGUGAGGAGAUGAAGGCCCUGCUUGGGCCAGUCAGGUCAGCUCUUCAGCAUGAUUUGAUGAUUGAGCGAUUGGGAACGCCCCCUUCCUCUCGCCAGAGCUCAUUGGCUCGUUCACACACGUCUUCCACACGCUAUCCUGAUGAUGACCUGUCUCUUAGGAGACGAGCUGUCAAGCCUCCGCUAGGUUUCAGUGCAAAAGCUCUCAGUGGGCGGGACUUAAGUUACCAUGGCAGCUGUGCCUCACUGCGCGGAGACGGACAGGAGGUGUCUCCGCCCCGUAAUAAAGGAAGCCCCGCCCACAGUCACUCAGGCAUAGAGGUCACCAACGUCUGAGAAUCUCAUGGAGUUCACAAAGGCACAAAGGCACACACACACACACACACACACACACACACACACGCUUACUGAGAGGACACACAGACUCUUAUCAACCCACACAGACUGGCUUGUUAGCAAUCCGCGCAUCCACACACACACACACACACACACACACACACACACACACACACACACACACACACACACACACACACACACACACACACACACACACACACAUUCUGAGUUUACACAUGCCUACUCUAUAAGUGGACAUCCUCCCAAGGCCCGGGGAUCCCAGUGUGUUUAUUUGAUCUGUGUUUUGUUUGUGUUGUUGUAAUGGAUGAUAGCCUUUUAUGGUGAAAAUGCACUUUCUGGCAGAAUGUCAUUUCUGUGGUAUUAGUGCCCCGUUAGACUGACGUCUGCUGGACUCACUCUGGUAGGAGACUGGACGUCCUCAUGUCCCUGAGACAAACACCUUCACACACCUCAACACACUGGAGACAGACACCUUCACACACCUCAACACACUGGAGACAGACACCUUGACACACCUCAACACACCUGAGACAGACACCUUGCGACCUUCAGCCAACCUGAGAAAUGUAUCCAAAGGCCUCACAGAGACUUUGCAGAGGUUUACCAAAGCAUUAGCAGCCCCUGGAGAGAGCCCAAGGAAACCCCAAAGCAUUAGGAGCCCCUGGAGAGACCCCAAGGAAACCCCAAAGCAUUAGGAGCCCUUGGAGAGACCCCAAGGAAACCUCUGGAAGUCUUUCAAGACCACAGGAGGACCUCAGAAAGACUUCCCUGAGACCAAGAAACUUCACAGACAUCUCUGAGAAACUUCAGACAUCUCUGAGAAACUUCAUGGAGAGACUGAGACUGUAGAGACACGUGUCUGAGAGACUUGAUGAAGAAACUGUGGGUCUCUGCUCGUCCUGUUGUGACGGCGGGGUGAGAUAAAUAAACAAACUCAUAAAUAAAUAAAUCAAUGAAUAAAUAAAUAAA